CCCCAAGCGCCAACAAGUAGCGAAAGGGCAGGGAAAGCCUGCCGCCAGCUCCGGCCGCAGAAAGCCUACCUUGUACGACGAUUUGGAUGCUACCACCACGCCUGAGUCAUCCAAGGUCGGCCGCUCUGCGCUUGAUACCAUCAGCGACAGUGAAGAGUCCAGUUCUUUGAGCGACCUAUCCGACGGUGAUUUUGAGGACGUGCUUCUUGCAAACGGUCGCAAGACUGAGGAAGCGUCCGAUGAUGACGACAACGACGACAUCGAGUUUGAGGAUGUUCCUGCCCCGAGAACCACCUUGGCGGUAGCGCCGACUACUUCAAAAGACUUGCAGCUCACCCUUGAUGCCGGGCUCGGUACUGCCAUGACCGAUCCCUAUGGCGACAAGAAGGGACCUACGAAGCGUGAAAAGAAGGUUCGGAAUGUAACGCAUUGCAUUCACGUCCAGUACCUUCUCUGGCAUAAUGCCCUUAGGAACUCAUGGGUAUCCGACCAGGAAGUCCAGGCAAUCAUGAUGUCUCAUGUCCCCCCUCGUUUGUGGGAAGAAGUGGAGCGAUGGAGAAGGACCAGCGGCUUAGACACCAAGCCAAAGCCAACACCGACCAAGGCGGCCAAACCAGCGAAGAAGACCAAGGGAAAGGGCAAAGGAAAAAAGACCGAAAACGAGGACUCUCGUGAUUGGGGCGCUGCCGCUGAAAGGCUCGAGGCAGGUGCUGUCGACAUGAGCCACGGCGAUCCUCUGUUCAGACUUAUGAGGGCUCUCGCGGCGUGGUGGAGGCAACGGUUCCGUGUCACUGCACCCGGGAUUCGAAAGUGGGGAUACAUGCCGCCUGAACGACUUGGCAGAUUUCGAAAGGCCUGGGAGAAAGAAGGGCAAGACCAGGAAAAGUUUGGAGAGCGGAUCAAUGGCCUCGAAGGGUUUCGGAAAUGCGCCCAAGACUGCACAGGAAGCCGUGAUGUGGGAUCACAGCUUUUCACGGCGCUUAUGAGGGCUUUGGGGUUGAAGGCACGCAUGGUUGCAAAUCUUCAACCCGUAGGCUUCGGUUGGACGAAGCUUGAGGAGGCAGAUCCUGAGAAGGAAAAGACUGCAGUUUCAGCGGCAAAAAGUAGUGACGAGACGAGCGAGGCGACAGAUGGCGCGGCGAGCAAGACGAAAAGGGGGACGAAGACGACGGCUAAGAAUACCCCAGCGAAGACGACUUCAAAGCAGACACCAAAAACAACAUCAGCACGGAAAGCUGGCACAAGACGAGCUAGUACUAAGAGCGCCGUCGUUGAGAUAGAUGACUCGGAUGAUGAACUUGGCUUGGAGCAUCCGGACAGCGACGACGAGUCCGUCAUAGAGUUGGGAGUGACCCCAAGAAAGUCAACAUCGGCGUCGAAGAAGUUCGACAAGGACCUCGAGUUUCCACACUAUUGGACGGAAGUGUUAUCGCCGGUGACGAAGAAAUAUCUGCCAGCCGACCCAAUCGUCAAGAAUAUUGUCGGUACUAAUCGAGAACUGGUUGAGUCUCUGGAGCCACGUGGAGGCAAGGCAGAAAAGGCGAAACAAGUCAUGGCAUAUGUUGUCGGAUUCUCUCCAGAUGGCACAGCCAAGGAUGUGACAGUUCGAUAUCUACGAAAACAGCUGUGGCCAGGUCGUACGAAAGGCGCGAGAAUGCCACUGGAAAAGGUACCGAUUCACAACAGACACGGGAAGGUGACACGAUAUGACCAAUUCGACUGGUUCAAGUCAGCUAUGAAGGGCUAUGCCAGGGGCGGUCGAAAGCAUCCGAUCACGGAGGAAGACGAUGUUGAGGAUUCCACAGACCUGAAACCCGCCCAACCAGAGAAGAAGGAGGUCAAGGAAGGUAGCGAAACUCUGGCGUACUACAAGCAGUCCAAAGAGUUCUGUCUCGAGCGUCACCUGAAGCGCGAGGAGGCCCUACUACCCACAGCAAAACCUGUCAAAACUUUCAACAACAAGGGGAAGAGUGGAGAAAUUUCCGAGGAACCGGUCUACGCAAGGAAGGAUGUUGUCAACGUCAAGAGUGCAGAGACAUGGCACAAGCAAGGCAGAGCGCCCAAACCUGGCGAGAUGCCCCUGAAGAGGGUUCCAUAUCGCGCGGCUACGACCAACAGGCGGCGAGAAAUCGCAGAAGCCGAGGCUGCCAGCGGCGAAAAGGUUCUUCAAGGACUAUACAGCUUUGAGCAGACGGACUGGAUUAUUCCGCCGCCCAUCAAAGAUGGAAUCAUUCCGAAGAACUCUUAUGGCAACAUCGAUCUCUUUGCCGAGCACAUGUGCCCCGAAGGCGCUGCACACGUACCGUUCCGAGGAGCCGUCAAGGUAUGCAAGAGGCUUCAAAUCGACUAUGCCGAAGCCGUUGUAGACUUUGAGUUUGGCAAUCGUAUGGCCGUGCCGGUUAUUCAGGGCGUUGUCAUAGCUGAGGAGUACCACGAUCAAGUCAUGGAAGAGAUCCGCAAGGACGAAGUAGAGCGAGCGCGCAAAGAGGACGAGAAGCGACGCAAAGCAGCGUUGAGCAUGUGGAGCAAGUUCUUGAAAGGUCUCAGGAUCGUCGAGCGCAUUCGCCAGGAUUACGGUCAUGUCGACGAUAGUGUUCCUGUUUUCCAGAAACACGGGGCGGCCAAGGCUACCAAAGACGCUCACGCUGACGAAGACGACAAGAAUCAGGUGGACGCCGAAGCGAUGCAAAUGAGGGAAGAGGAGAUGGCAGGUGGUUUCUUUCCCGAAGGACAUGACGAAGAAGAGGUCGACCAACCCAAGCGUUUUACGUCUGGCUUCUUCCCAGUGGUGGAUGAAAAUGACGAAGAUGAAGAUAUGGAUGACGCCCUGCAAGUGGAUCACGGUCAUGUUGAGAAGCCGCAAGCUGUCGACGGCACGGAUGACGCGGAAAACGCGGAAAACGCAGAGGAUCAGAUGGAAGCUACACCCGAACCCGAGCCUCUACCUGCACCGGUGAAAGCCAAGCCGAAACCCAAGAAAAAGACAGUAGCGAGACGAUCAUCGAGGCGCCGGCGGAAGCCUAUUUCUGAGAGCGAAGACGAGGAUGAGGACGACGAUGACGAUUUUGUGGCCUCGGACGAUGAUUACGAGUGAUGCAUGCUAGGCUUGAAGGACGCCAUGCAAGACGGGAAACCGCCUGAGUAUUUUCAUCACUGUGCGUCGGGAUUUGAGAGUCGUGGACAAAACUGGGCAGCUGGCAGGCGGCUGUACUACGACGAGUGUGCCACCAUCCUUAUUUGUUGCAAGAUGCAUAGAUGGGGGACAUUGUUAGCUAUCGCCACCAAUAGAGGACUAUUCCUUCUUCAGCUCGUAUGCCGAGAUGUGCUGGCCCGACUGGGAGGGUUCGAUUCUGCGACUGCUAGUGUAUGUACGGGUCGAUUCGAGAGCACCUGAUCACACUCUGAAGUGGACAUUGCAUCCAAUAGAAGAAAUGGUGCUGUCUUAGCUGAUUCGGUGUGUUGGGCGUGUAAGUACUUCACAGCCUGAUACUUGAAGUCGAAAAAGAACGCCGAUAGCCUGUAUUGAUG